UGCAUUAAGGACCAAUCAUUCCCUAUCUGAAUCCUCUUGUAUAACCGGUCCAUCAUCGAGAAGCCAGCCAUUUUGUGAAACACGACAACGAAGCAGAAAGCAUCCGUUGGGCAAAUCGUUGGCUGGCAUGAAGUAGUGUUCGGAGACCUUGCUCCAAUUGGCCCCGUCACCGUAGCUCUCCGUCAGGGGCUGUGCUAGGGUCCGCUCCAGCCAUCUUCGACCUUUCGGUAUUCCAGCACAUUGAACCAGAGCUGGAUCCACCUGCACCCACUCCUCGAAAAAGCGACGAUUGGCUCUCAAUGAUGGACAACGUCUAGGCAGGCGUUGCCCGAUUUUCCUCAUGCCUGCCGCUUGCGAAACUGGAGGGUCGCCUAGAGAGCCAACCAUUGCGCAGGAAUCAUCGAUGGCGAAGACCCCUCUUCUGUGGUCCAUCCACGUAAAUACUGCUGAACAUCCCUUUUCACCUCGUCCUUACAGGGUACAGUACUGUAAGAUGUCGGUGCCGUACAAGAAUUCACUCUAUCUCUGGCUUUGCGCGCAACCUGACGAUUUCGACCCAGGAGCGAGCACAAUAAGACUAACACCAUCGCAGAAGGCGGAGUGGCAGCAGCUCGCCGAUUCAGCCUACUUUGGUUGGAGACCUUCAGAUUCGGGCUUCAGGACCCUCGAUCGAAACAUCCCGUAUAUUAUCGGAGACCGCGAAAUCCGUGUGACUUAUCGGGCAAAGACCGACCCUCCUGGUGCAGGUCUCGGAGCACUCAAUCGGCUCCCCAUUGAGCUCCUGAAUUCUAUUAUCUCGUCACUUGACAUAUCUACUCUUGACUGGUUCAAAAGAGUGAAUAGGCGAGCUUUCGAGAUCGUCAAUGCGCAUCCGGAAUUUCACGUCAUGAACUCGCAAGCGCAUGAUACCCUACGCGGGUUGCGCGUCAUUAAAACAAGCCAUAUGAUCACCGUUCAAGUCCUCUUUGAAAAGCUCUGCACCAGCAAGUGUGAGGACUGUGGCGACUAUGGCGGAUACAUUUAUCUUCUGACUUUUCGGCGGGUUUGUUGUCGGUGCUUCACGGAGCAAGACCGAUAUUGGCCACUACGAGAGAUUGACGCUUUGAGAACGUACGGCCUUACUCCGGAAAUCCUGCGCACUUUGCCUCGUUGUCAAGGCUACCCCGGCUACUACGAGAAUGAAUCCUUCUACAGGAACAGGCAGGGCUAUCUGUCUUUGAUAGACCGCCAGUCUGCGUACCGUGCAGGGGUCGCUCGCCAUGGCUCGCUUCAAGCCAUGAAGGAGUACGUGGCGAACGUAGACUCCAACCUCUGGGCACAAUUCGAGAAAGAAAUCGAAAAACGCGAGAAGCAAUUGGCGGCAGAGAGGGUAGUGAAGGUCCGCAACAAGAUUGCCCAGAAAGUGACUAAGAUCAGGAAACGGAACGCUUAUAAAGAGAAGGUCCUGACAAGGAGGGAAGAACGACAAAGGAGAAUGGCACAGUUCUCUCUAUGCCAUGACCCAGCACAGAUUGAGGAUGCCAAUGACGUGGGUGAUGAAACUGACAACGAAAGUAUCAGCACCCUUGACGAUACGGACGAAGACACCAGCAGCGAUAGAUAUGAAAUUUUCUCCCACAUAGCGGAGACCGUGUCCUGGAGCACCGGGGAGUGUAGCGGACACGCCUUGGAGCCGCUUCGUUACAUGGCAAUGAUGCGGGUGCCUUGGCUGAACAGGCAAAACGGGAGGGAUGAAUGGGGGUUCCAUUGCGUUGGGUGCGAGCAAAAUCAGCGGUGGCCGAACCAUGCUAGACGCGACUACAUCAUGUCAACGUUCAAGGACCAUCUCAAGGAAUGUGGUCCGGUCAAGGAAGGGGUGCAUCACAUCAACGAUUGUUGCAAGAAAGGCACCUGCGUUGGAAGGGAGAAAAUUAUAUCUUCCCCGUUUGAUAACCCAUUCUGGCGGUGCUGACAUGGUCCAUGAUGAGUCUCCCGAUGCCGAAACUCAGGGGAAAUUCUGGCACUGUUACUAUCUGCGUGUCCGCCGCUGCCUCGGAGCGGUCGCCAUAACGGUGAUCGCACAGACGAUCGACAAAGCUCAACCGGUGAGGCAUUUAAUGCCAGUUUUCUUAGGCAGAACUGUUUGAGUGUCCCUAGUCGAUCGACGGAUGCCAACCACUGAAUCACUUGCGCUCUCGGGGGAAAAUGGUGAUGGUUCGCCCAGCAGCUAAGAUUAGUGUCGAUGUUCUGUCGUUCCACAGCAGUUG